CGCCUGUCCGCGUAUGGGUGCGGGUGGCUCUUCUCGCCGGGGGAAAGCAGCUGUAACAACUCCUGCAAUGGCGGCCGUGGCGGGCCUCAAUGUAAAAGAUUUGCCAACAAAACCUUAUGAGGGCCAGAAGACGGGCACUUCUGGCUUGCGUAAGAAGACGAAGGAGUUCAUGCAGGAGAACUACCUUGCGAACUGGGUCCAGUCCUUGUUCUGUGCUUUGGGUGAUGAGAUCAAGGGCCAGUCCUUGGGCCUGGGUGGUGAUGGGCGGUACUUUGGCAAGGAAGCUGCACAGAUAAUUAUCAAGUUGGCAGCAGGCAACGGCUUCAAGAAGGUCGUUGUUGGCCAAAACGCCUUGAUGGCAACCCCAGCUGCUUCGGCAUUAAUCCGUCGACGGAAGCUCUACGGUGGCCUCAUCAUGUCGGCCUCGCACAACCCCGGCGGUCCUGACAACGACUUCGGCAUCAAGUUCAACUACACGGGUGGUGAGCCGGCUCCGGAGCGCAUCACGGACAAGAUCUACGGCGAGACCACCAAGGUCUCCGUACUGCAUAUGGCCGACAUCCCGGACGUGGACCUGAGCAAGGUUGGCGUGACCAAGUUUGGCGACUUCGAGGUCGAGGUGGUCGACCCCGUGGAGGACUACCUCGCCACUCUGCAGAGCGUGUUUGACUUCCCCCUGCUUAAGAGCUUCCUGGCGAGGAGGGACUUCUCGCUGGUGUUCGAUGCCAUGCACGCGGUUACCGGGCCCUAUGCCAAGCGCAUCCUGGUGGAGGAGCUGGGCGCUCCGGCGUCCUGCGUGAAGGACGGUGUUCCCUCUCCGGACUUCAACGGCGGCCACCCCGACCCGAACCUCACCUACGCCGAGGAGCUGGUCAAGAUCAUGUGGGCGGACGAGUCUCCGGCCUUCGGGGCGGCCUCAGACGGUGACGGCGACCGUAACAUGAUCCUGGGUCACAAGUUCUUUGUUAACCCCUCGGACUCUGUGGCCAUCAUCGCCGCAAACGCCCAGUCCUGCAUCCCCUACUUCAAGGGGGGCCUCAAGGGUGUCGCCCGCUCCAUGCCCACCAGCGGGGCGCUGGACCGAGUGGCCGCGGACCUGGGGGUGCCCUUCUUCGAGACACCCACGGGCUGGAAGUUCUUUGGCAACCUCAUGGAUGCGGGCAAGUGCUCGGUGUGCGGCGAGGAGUCGUUCGGCACGGGUGGUGACCACAUCCGCGAGAAGGACGGCAUCUUCGCGGUGCUGUCCUGGUUAUCCAUCGUGGCCGCCAAGAACAAGGACGUGCCGGAGGGCGGACAGCUGGUCACGGUGCAGGACGUGGCGGUUGCGCACUGGAAGAAGUACGGCAGGAACUUCUUCAGCCGCUACGACUACGAAGAGUGCGCCUCCGCUGACGCCAACAAGAUGGUGGACCACCUGCGCUCUGUCAUCGCCGCCGCCAAGCCGGGUGACAAGUUUGGCGACUUCACGCUGGCGACCGCUGACGACUUCGAGUACACGGACCCCAUUGACGGCUCUAAGGCGUCCAAGCAGGGCCUCCGCUUUAUCUUCACUGAUGGCUCCCGCAUUAUUUUCCGGCUGUCGGGUACGGGCUCGUCCGGCGCCACUAUUCGUCUAUACAUCGAGCAGUAUACCUCGGACCCCGCAAAGCUGAUGUUGGAUGCGCAGGAGGCUCUGGGUCCCAUUAUCAAGGUGGCUCUGGAGGUAUCCAAGCUGCAGGAGUUCACCGGCCGUAGCAGCCCCACCGUCAUCACGUAAAGCGGCGGCGGAGCGGCCGACUCCUCUCCUUUGGGAGGGAGGGAAACGGGGAAAGGGAGAGGAGUGGGGCGGAAAUUGCCUAUUGCAUUGUGAUGGGGAGGGGAGGAUGUAUCCGAGCACGCAGGCGGGUUCAGCAGCGUUUCAGCAGCUUCACUAUGAGGAUUGCUUCUGAGUAGACACCCAACGCCUCCUGGAGUUUGCAAGUAUGGAUGUUGACGAUGGCGAUGAUGAAGUGGAGGCGGGUGGAGGAGGAAGGGUGACGAUCUUGUUGCAGCUGGCGCAACUGCAGCAAUAGUUGCCAUAACCAUAAUGUGGUCUGGUAUAGCGCCUAGGCUCAAUUUUGCACGGUUGGUUGAAUCGAAAUGGUAGAGACUUCGGCACGUUGCUAAAACGGGCAGUUGCUGGCAGAUGUGAACCACGCGCGUGUGUAUUACGUAGCAUGUAUGACGUGACUCAUUAGCCAGGCCCUCUUGAGGUAUCUGAUGAGCAGCGGCCUCGCGGGAAAGGGAAGGGGGAAGGGACUUGUCGCGGAACAUGUCUUCCGUACUAUAUCCAACCGCCGUCGUUUUCCAAUGCUUUGUCGCUCUGAAUAAGAGCGGGAGCGAUGAUGUUACGUUUUGUUGUCUUUUUGCUC